AUGAGUGUUAGACGCCAGCUAACAAGAACCGAUUGCUAUCACGGCAAUAUCGGCCGAAAGAAUGCAGAAGAAGAACUUAGAAAAUCUAUCUAUGAAGUUGGUACUUUUUUAAUACGAAGUAGUACGGACAAACCAAAUUACGCUCUAUCGCUAAAAAGUCCGCUAAAACAAUCUAUAGCUCAUUAUUUAAUUUUAUGGCACGGCCCAAUUUAUCAACCGUUUUACAGCAUCGAAGGUGGCCCACUCUUUCCCAAUAUCAGUCAAUUAAUCUCGUUCUAUACCCGCUCCAAUGAAGGUUUGCCUUGUACUUUAGGCUUUUCAGUUAUUAGUAAUCCGAUGCCAAGACUACAGCAACCACCAGCUUAUCCGGAAACACUUAUUGAUAAGAUCCAUGUGGCAGCAUUUGCUGGCGAUUUAACUACAAUUCAAGAGUUAGUCAGUUUAAAUCCGAACUGUGUUAACAUUAGAAAUGCCAUGCAAUGUACACCCUUACAUGUAGCCUGUCUGUGCUGUCAUGAAAAUGUCGUCAUUGAACUAUUGAAAGCCAAAGCCGACGUUGAUGCCGUAGACAUCAGAGGAUAUACGCCGUUAAUGUAUGCCGCAACUGUUGGUCAUACGACUAUAUGCCAGAAAUUAUUAAAUGAUGGAGCCAACUUGGCCCAACGUAGUCCUGUUACUGGAAGAUAUGCACUUCAUGAAGUAGCAAUGAGAGGAUAUCACAAUUGCUUACAACUAUUAUUGGAUAGAGGAGCUCCAUUACUGGCUACUUCAUAUGAUAAUAAAACUCCUUUAGAUAUUGCGAGAUUCUGGAAUCGAGAAGAAUGUUGCAAUAUCCUAGACCGGGAAAGUAAGAGGGAAACUGGAACUAUGGAUGGCGAUUGGUUGCACCAGGACAUUUCUGAUGAAGUAAAAUUUUUACGAUUCAAUCAGUUAACUGAUCAUGCAAGAAUAUGUACUAAAUUAGAGUAA